CGCGCAGCCGGGUGUUAUUCGGUCCCGCCCGCGCGGCGGUCGGUGCUCUGUCACCGCCCGCUGUGGCCAUGGCCCCAGCCCGUGGCUCGUAAAUUGGCGACCACAGUUCCCGACGCGGUCCUGGUCCUGAUGGCGGCGGCCGCGGCCUUGGCAGCGGCCGACCCCCCUCCCGCGAUGCCGCAGGCGGCAGGAGCCGGAGGGCCCACCGCCCGUCGGGACUUCUACUGGCUGCGCUCCUUUCUGGCCGGAGGUAUUGCUGGAUGCUGUGCCAAAACAACAGUUGCUCCUUUGGAUCGAGUAAAGGUUUUAUUACAAGCUCACAAUCACCAUUACAAACAUUUAGGAGUAUUUUCUGCAUUGCGUGCUGUUCCCCAAAAGGAGGGAUACCUUGGAUUAUAUAAAGGGAAUGGUGCAAUGAUGAUUCGAAUCUUUCCCUAUGGUGCAAUCCAGUUUAUGGCAUUUGAGCAUUAUAAAACGUUGAUUACUACAAAGCUGGGAGUUUCCGGUCAUGUGCACAGAUUAAUGGCUGGAUCCAUGGCAGGUAUGACCGCAGUUAUCUGUACUUACCCUCUUGACAUGGUGAGAGUACGUCUAGCAUUCCAGGUGAAAGGGGAACACACUUAUACAGGAAUUAUUCAUGCAUUCAAAACAAUUUAUGCAAAGGAAGGCGGUUUCCUUGGAUUUUACAGAGGCCUGAUGCCCACUAUAUUAGGAAUGGCUCCAUAUGCAGGUGUUUCAUUUUUUACUUUUGGUACCUUAAAGAGUGUUGGGCUUUCCCAUGCUCCCACCCUUCUUGGCAGACCUUCAUCAGACAAUCCUAAUGUCUUAGUUUUGAAAACCCACAUAAACUUACUUUGUGGUGGUGUUGCUGGAGCAAUAGCACAGACAAUAUCCUACCCAUUUGAUGUAACUCGUCGGCGAAUGCAAUUAGGAACUGUUCUUCCAGAAUCUGAAAAGUGCCUUACCAUGUGGGAGACUAUGAAGUAUGUCUAUGGACACCAUGGAAUUCGAAGAGGAUUAUAUCGUGGUUUAUCUCUUAAUUACAUUCGCUGUGUUCCCUCUCAAGCAGUGGCUUUUACAACAUAUGAACUUAUGAAGCAGUUUUUUCACCUCAACUAAAGAAAAUCAUGAUUUCUUUUCCUUAAUAAAAUCUCAGAGGGAGAAAUAAAAUGUUACUUUAAUUUUGGGAGGAACAUUACUUGAAGGGGGAUAUUUGCCUUGUCACAGGAACCACUGGUUUUUUAGUACUUGAUUUUUGUAUGCAUCACAAGUCAAAAGUGCUUGCUGUGCUUUUUGAUGCCAAAAGUUAUACCUUAGACCAUUGAAAAAAAUUCCUAAGCUGAUGCUGGCUAAUCAGUUCGGUUAUUUGAAACUGUUUUAAAGUGUUAUUUGGAAGUAGAACUAACUUAAAAUGGGAUUAAAUGGCCAUUAGUUUUAUCAUGCUUUAAUUCCAAGCUUUAAUUAUAAUCAUGAUUUUCAAAGACUCUAACAUUGGUUAUAUUAUCAUAAUAAAUAGGCUUGGUUAUAUUGCAGUAGAAUGAUGGAAACUGAAUUUUUAAGUUAUAUAAAACAUACCUUGGGGGGGUGCCUGGCUGGCCCACCCAGAAGAGCAUGUGACUGUUAAUCUUGGGGUCAUAAGUUCGAGCCCCACUUGGAUGUAGAGAUUACUAAAAAAAAUUUUUUUGAAAACUUUAAAAAACACGUAGCUUAGAUGCCAGCAUUGAAGAUUAUUCUUAUUAUAUCUCUCCUCAUAAUUCUGCUCCACUGCAUAAAAGAACUGACACUUUUUCUCUUUGUUUUUAAAUAAAAUAAAUGUAUUUAAAAAUUAGCCUUGUAGAAACUCAACAAUAAAUGAAGAAUUUUCAGGUAUUGCUCAAAUGUUACUAGGUACUAGGUACUAUGACUGACUUAAAUUUGUUUUUAAAAGUCAAUGUAUUUCCCAAAGGCAGUAAUAAUAAAUACUGAAUAUCUUUGCUCUCAAAACAGAUUAGCAUUAUAGAUUUGUUUUUGUUAGGUGAUUUGGUAUACACUAGAAAAUUUAUUUAAGUGGACUGUGAAAUAUCCAUUAAUAUAGAUGUGAAUGUCAAAGAAUAUUUCUAAGGUAUUUUGUCUUGAUACAUCAACUAGUUCUUCCAUGUAAAAUAAUUUUAGUGCAAUAUAAACUUAAGUAGAAAUGUAAGACAUGAUUUAAUUGCAAUUCUUUAUAUUAAAAUGGUUUAAAAUAUAAGAAUUCCAUUUAUUGUGUUUAGAAUACUUUUUAUCUUUUAUUGUAAGCAUGACAGAAAUGGGAAGGGAACAAUUAUAGUUCUGUCCUUAGAAAUAAUGAUUUGUAGGGGUGCCUGGGUGGCGCAGUCGUUAAGCGUCUGCCUAGGAUCGAGCCCCACGUUGGGCUCCUCUGCUGGGAGCCUGCUUCUUUCUCUCCCACUCCCCUGCUUGUGUUCCCUUUCUCACUGGCUGUCUCUCUCUGUCAAAUAAAUAAAUAAAAUAUUAAAAAAAAAAAAAGAAAUAGUGAUUUGUAGAAUUGAUGUGAUUCUUUUUGAUCAAUGCAAACUAUUUUAAUUGUUCCAACUUUAUAAUUUUUUUAUUGAGGUAAAAUUGACAUAUAACAAUAUAUUAGUUUCAGGUGCACAAUGUAAUGAUUCAAUAUUUGUAUUUACUGCAAAAUAAUCACCACAAUAAGUCUAGUUGCCAUCUAAUUGAUGUAUUAGAAAACUAAGUUGAAAGUGUUAUUUCUGCUUUAAUUUUAAUUUUGUUUGCAUAAAAGAUUUUUUUGUCAUACCUUGGUAAAAAUUAGAUGAACUGGUUUCAUUUUCAGAGUCUUUAUUUUAAAAUAAGUAUCUUUGUAUGAUUUGUAAGUGUACCACAGGUAGAAAUAUAUGUGUUCUUAAGACUAUUUUGUAUAUUUUCAUUUCUGGGCUACAUUGUAGCUAAGUAUUGUUAUCAAAUCUCAAGAUAACUUAAAUGUAUGUAAUAAGUAUCUGUUAUGUUAUCAAUAAAAGAGGACUGCGAAUAUUUUUUUAAAUAAAAA